AUAAUGGUAGACAGACCACGUCAGUUGUUCUUCAAAAACUUGUGUCCAUUGUGGACGAGGAUGAAAAACCAGGAAAUGCAGAAGAUCCCGGAAAUGAGACAGUUGCAGAUGCAUCUAAACCAGCUAAGGAUGGGCCCAACGAAUUAGCCAUUUCUUCAAAGAUGACAAUUCCACACAGAAGAGAUGGCGUUGUUUUCAUGGGUAUUUUGGGAACAUACCGUCUCGUACCAGCAGUGCGGCUGAAUCCAUCUCUCUCUAGUGAAGAUGAGAUAGAAAAUGAGAGGAAGCUACUAUGUGAAUCAGACACACAUGCUAAUAUCAUUAGGUACUAUGGAUUGAAGAAAGUGGACAAUUUCUCCUAUCUGUGCCUAGAAAGGUGGGUGUGCUGUUUAGAUGAUUUGACACGCUUUGCUAAGAAAAAGUUGCAAGAAGAACCAGAUUCACUAGAUGAGAUAAUAGAUGGUCAGUUGUGGACAGAGAUUGGAAUUCCUGCACCUUUGAUGAUACAACUUAUGAGGAACGUAGUUUCUGCAGUGAAUCAUUUGCAUAGCAAGCAAAUAAUUCACCGCAAUCUGACGCCGGAAAAUGUUCUUAUAUGCAAGGAGGGGAAGAAAAUUGUUGCAAAACUGUCUGGUCUAGGCAAAAGCGCAGAGAUUGGAUUUACUUCCAAAAAUUUUGGAGAUGCCAAUUGGCGAGCACCGGAGCAGUUGAAGAAUAGUAAGGAAUCUGAUUCUACUAACUUGUUUCAGCUGGGAUGCAUAUUAUUCUAUGCGUUUACUGGGCAUCAUCCGUAUGGAGAUGAGAAGGUCCGUGGAAACAAUAUUCGACAAAGCUCAAGAGUGAAAGUGAUUACCUCUCUCUUAAAGAAUUGUGAAGCUGCAUGUCUCAUCGCCAAUCUGCUGGAGCGGAAUCAAGGUAGUUGCAGUAUUACUGCUUCCGACGCGGUUCAACAUCCCUUUUUCUGGGAUUCUGACAGGAGACGCAACUUCUUGAGAGACUCCACUGAGUACAUAAUGAAUCUGGAUGCUUCUGCUCAAGUCAUAAAGGACCUGCAUGCAAGAGUAGGGUGGAAUUAUGCUGGUUGGAAUAAACUCCUGGAUGCGGAUCUUGUCAGUCACAUGGUGGCCAUGGGCGGUAAUUACAAUUACAACUACGUAAAAGACUUGCUAAGGUUCAUUAGAAACGUGAUUUCUCACUACAGAGAGUUUCCAUCUGAAAUCCAGGCUAUCGUGAGUGAUGGUGUUGAGCAAUACUUUGCUCUGAAGCUUGAGAGGCUCUUGAUGGAUGUCUACACGGCAAUCUCUAAGAACUGCAAGGGAAACGCUACAUUCAGAGCCUACUUCUUACCUUGAACAUUCAUUUACUUUUUUUUGUUAGUAGGAUAAUAUUGUAAGGGGGGCGCCAAAAUAACUAAUGGUUUCUAUCAAAAUUUUGGUUGAUUUUCA